GUCUGGUCGCUCGCUCUCACUGAGGUCUUAAAAACACCAGUUCCGCUCGCGCAUCCUUGCAUCCGUUUCCUCUCUUCCUCCUCACCCACACGCUCUCUACGCAACCCUGACUUUUUAGUCAAUUACAUUCGUUAAUCGAAACGCCCUACAAGCCUCGUGCUUCAAGUCUCUACGACCGCCUCCAGCAACGAAAAUACUCGUCGAGUACAUAAUUUAAUACCCGAACAAAUCAGUCAAAAUGAAGUUCGCUACCGUCCUCGCCCUCGCCGCUGGCGCCAUGGCUUUCAAGAACGAGACCGUCUCGUACACCACUGAGGUUGUCACUGCCGUCACCACCUUCUGCCCCGGCCCCACCGAGGUCACCUACGGCCAGAGCACCUACACCAUCACCGAGGCCACCACGCUCACCAUCUCCGACUGCCCCUGCACCAUCAAGGUCCCCGUGACCACCAUCUCCUCGGUCGUGUGCAACAACUGCCCCCCCGUCUACCACAACAGCACCUCGGCCCCCGCCGUGCCCACCUCGCACUCGACCGCCAUCGGCACCGUCACCAAGCCGGCCCCGACCGUCCCCACCGGCACCGGCUCCGGCACUCCCCCCAUCGAGACCGCCGGCGCCGGCAGGGCUGCCGUCCUCUCGGGCGGUGCCCUCGCCGGUGUUCUCGGCCUGGCUGCUUUCGUGCUCUAAGUCCCUUUUUAGGGGUUUGGGGAGGGCUAGCUAGUUCGUGUGAUGUCGCAAAGAGUUGAUUAGUUUAAUUGGCUCGCUGCUUG